UUUAUGGAAAUUAUUUUAAUUUUUACUUAAUUAGAUGUCUUUUUUAAUUUAUAUUUAUAAUGUUUAAAUAUCUAUAACUAACUCUUAACUACUGAUUUGAAAGAGGCAAGCAAUAUGUCAAAACCUGAAAAAAAUGUUAAAUCAGGAUUUGUUAUCAAACUAUCAUGUGAAACAGUCCAAAAACUGUCUGAACAAGAUAAAAAAGAGAAGUCAAUAGAAGAAGCAGCCGAAACCACUACUGAAAAUGAAAACCGUAUGGGCAUCGGACAAAAUGAAAGAAACAAAACAGAGAAUGCAGCAGAAUUCAAAGGGGUUAAUAAAUCAUAUGUAGAUGAAAAAACUGAUGGACAUGAACAAGAAAGUAUACCAAAAGUGGCUGAAUAUAUUACACCUAACAAAACUACCAAGGAAAAACCAGCUGCUGCAUGGGGUGACUAUGCACCAUAUGUAACUUAUAUAGGUGACAAAGCUGUAUACACAGAUCCCACAAGCCAGCAGAAAUAUUUCUGGAAUCAAGAGACCAACUCUUGGGAUCCUGAUACAUCAGGCCGCGUAUACAGCUAUGAGAAUGAUACUCAUGUUUACACAGAGCCUGAUGGUUCCAAAUGUUUUUGGGAUGAAAGUAAAAAGGCUUGGUUACCAAAUGUUGAUGAUGAAUUUUUAGCAUAUUAUCUUAUGUCCUAUGGAUUUGUAGAUAACAGUAAAGAUGAGACAUUAAAAGAAAAAAAGGAUGAAGAAGAAAAGAAGGUGGAAAAUAAAGGUGUUAAAAGAAAAAAUGAGCCACAGUGGUUUGAACAAUCGGAUGAACAAAAUACUAAGGUGUAUGUGUCUAAUUUGCCUUUGGAUUUGAAUGAAGAAGAGUUUGUUAAUUUUAUGCAAAAAUGUGGCCUGGUGGAAAGAGACCCUACCACUAAGAAAAUGAAAGUUAAAUUGUAUAUGGACAAAGAACAGAAUUGUUUCAAGGGUGAUGCUCUAUGCACUUAUAUAAAAAUAGAAAGUGUAGAAUUGGCACUUAAAUUACUUGAUGGUAGUGAUCUAAAAGGUAACAAAGUUAAAGUGGAAAGAGCUCAUUUUCAACUUAAAGGAGAGUACAAUCCUGCUCUUAAGCCUAAAAAGAAAAAGAAAAAAGAGUUGGAGAAAAUAAGAAAGAUGCAACAGAAUUUGUUCGGCUGGAAGCCAGAGAAAUUAUUAGGACAGAGAUCCAAACAUGAAAGGGUUGUGAUAGUUAAAAAUCUUUUCCACCCAAAAGACUUCAACGAAGAUGUACAAUUGAUAUUAGACUAUCAAAGUGACUUGAGGGAGGAAUGUGCAAAAUGUGGAGAUGUCAGGAAAGUGGUUAUCUAUGACCAGCACCCUGAGGGAGUUGCCCAGAUUACAAUGAAAGAACCAGAACAGGCGGAUGCAGUUGUGCAACUUAUAAAUGGGAGAUGGUUUGGCAAGAGACAGAUAACUGCAGAGAUAUGGGAUGGCUGGACCAAGUACAAGAUAGCUGAAACUGAUGCAGAAAUUAAUACUAGAUUAGAUAAAUGGGAUAAAUUUUUGGAAGGCAAGGAAGGUACUAGUGAAGCUAAAAGUAGCAGUGGAGAGAGUGGAGACAAAAGUAAAUUAGAUAAAACUACAGAAGAAGCUUUAGACAAAAAAGCUGAUAAAACAGAAAGUGGAUUAAUGACUUUAGUUGACAAGAAAGAUAACACAAAUGAAGCUAAAGGCAAAGAGAAUGCAGAAGAAAAUAAAGUUGAAAGCAGUACAGAAUCUACUGUGCUAGAACAACCAGAAGAAUCAGAAAGUGGUUUAGUAACUUAAUUUAAAGUACAUGUUGUAUAAUGCAUUUAAUGUUUAAGUAAAUCUGUUGUAAUUAUACAUUCAAAAAUCA